AACUUCCUUAAGCUGCAGUUGCUGUGCUUGCCCCCUAGGACAUUCAGCAGCUCGUCCUGUCCCCUGCCAGGGUCUGUUAACCUUCAAGGAUGUGGCUCUGGACGUCUCACUGGAGGAAUGGGAAUGUCUCAGUUUUACUCAGCGGGCAUUGUACAUCCAUAUGUGAUGCUGGAGAAUUACAACAAUCUAUUGUUUGUGGAAAAUCAUCUCUUACGUGGAAAACAGGGGAAGGUCUUAAAUCAAGACACAGAAUGCAUUGUUCACAGCCAUGUGGAUGUACAAGAGAAGUCUUAUAAAUGUAAUAAGCUUAGCAAAAUGAUUAAUGAAUCCAACCAAAGCACACCUUUUAAAACUAACCACAGAGAUGAUUCACUUCAAUUCCAAAACCUGAAAAGACAUAAAACUGGAAAAAGCAGAGAAGUUUCCAAAUAUAAAGACUAUGUAAAGUGUUUAAAUGAAUGCCCUUUCAUUAAUCUAAAUAAAGGAAUGCACAUAGGGAAGAAAGAAAAGAAUGCAAAACUUCAUAAGACUUUUGUGUCUAAACAUAAUCAGAAGCUGAAACAAAACAAUAGUGGUAAGAAGCUUUACAAAUGUAGUGAAUGUGAAAAAUGCUUUACCCACAAAGGCCAUUUUAGUCUUCAUCAGAGAAUUCAUACAGAAGAGAAACCACACAAAUAUAGUGAGUGUGACAAAUGCUUUAUUGACAAACCUCAUCUGAGAAUUAAUCAGAGAACUAAUACUGGAGACAAACUUUACAAAUGCACUGAAUGUGAAAUAUGCCUUAACUACAAAUCCAGGCUUCAUUUAAACCAGAGAAUUCAUAGAGAACCAAUAUCGUACAAAUGCAGUGAAUGUUACAAAUGCUUUACCCAAAAAUUCCAUCUUCAAAGUCAUCAGCGAAUUCAUACAGGAGAGAAACCUUACAAAUGCAGUGAAUGUGACCAAUGCUUUCAGUACAAAGAGAGUAUGCUAUAUCAUCAGCGAAUUCAUACAGGAGAGAACCCUUACAAAUGCAGUGAAUGUGACCAAUGCUUUAAGUACAAAGAUAGUAUGCGAUAUCAUCAGCGAAUUCAUACAGGAGAGAAACCUUACAAAUGCAGUGAAUGUGACAAAUGCUUUACCAGAAAAUGUUAUCUUCAAAUUCAUCAGCGAAUUCAUACAGGAGAGAAACCUUACAAAUGCAGUGAAUGUGACAAAUGCUUUACUGACAAACGCAGUCUUAGAAUUCAUCAUAGAACUCAUACAGGAGAGAAACCUUACAAAUGCACUGAAUGUGACAAAUGCUUUAAGUACAAAAAUGGUUUGCGAUGUCAUCAGCGAAUUCAUACAGGAGAGAAACCUUACAAAUGCAGUGAAUGUGACAAAUGCUUUAACCAAAAAUGCCAUCUUCAAAUCUUAAUUAAUGUGAACUAUUUUUGUGGGAAAAUAAACUCUGAGAAUGUGACUAUAGGAAACUUUUACUUGUUUACCUUCAAAUAUUAUAAAACCAAGUAGGGAAACCAGAAGAAUAUAAUGUUUUUGGACACUUUCCUUGCCAACUGAAAUAAAUGAUUCAAAAGGAAACCUUAUUAAGGUAUGUAAUACACCAUUCAAACUGUUUAAUAAUACUGACAUAAUCCUUUAUAUUUAAUUCACCAAAAGAAAUUCAGACAAAUUAAACUAACAAAGGAGGACUUGAUACACUGAGCCACUAAAAUAGGAUGUGUUUAUCCUAUGUAGAUGCCUACAGGGUUUGGCAAUGAUGGUGCAUGCCUUUAAUUCCAUCACUUUGGGGACAGGCUGGCAGAUUUCUGAGUUUCUGGGAAGCCUGGUCUAUACACAGAAACCUUGUGUCAAAACAAAACAUGAACAAACAAAAAAACAAAGAAGAGAUGCCUACAGAUUUUCUUGGAGUAUCCAGUAUUCAUAAUCUGUCAAAUGCUGGUUUCAAGUUUCAGGAUAACAUCUGAUUAUGAGUCCCGUGUGCUCUGGUCUACAAGUUCUUCCUCAUUGUCCCCUAAGUAUAUCCAAAAAAAUUCAUUGAUUAAGCCAGUUUGACUUUUUUUUUUUUUUAAUUCUCAGUUUUCACUUGGGAUACUUUGAUGAAUAUAUGCCGUUGUCUCACCAGGAAAUGUCUCUCAUGAAACAUAUGAGAUAGCAUUAAAAUUUUCUGCGCACUUGUAACAUGAACUUAAUACUAGAGAUUUUCAAUGUGUGGAUUACAACUCCUUUCUAGGGUGAAAUGACUUUGUCACAGGGGUUGAUUAAGAGCCAAUGAAAACAUAUUUCCAAAGGACUGAGAAAUCAAUCAUUUCACUCUUGGUGAGUUUGCCCACAUGAAAAUAAUUUGUAUUGUAUGUUAGUUUUAUAAACUAGCAAACACUAGGAAAUGUUUAGGAAAUUUGAAAACUCUGAUGUGGAAAUAAUGAUUUGUGCUAACUAAAAUAGUAAGAUUUUGCUCCAUGGACCAAGCUUGCUGCCAGAGUACUACUAGGUUAAUGUAAUAAGCCUUGAAACAGACAAAAUGGAGAGAAUGUUAGAACCUCAACAGUUAGUCUUCUCUCUUUCAUGAAUUCAUAGAAAUAUGAAAGAAAAGUCUACCAAACAAUAAAUAAAAACAUAACUUUGUCAUUUUCAGGGAUAAACAUCCGUAUUGUGCUAUGUAACUGCAUGUCUCAAAACUCUUUAAUAGCAUUUGAUUGAUGUAAAUUCCAAUAAAAAUCAGAUCAUUGGCUCAUA